CAUUGGGGGGAAGUGGACUGGGCUGCACAAUAACUGAGGAGGUUGUUGGAGUAAAAAAAAAGAAAGAAAGAAAGAAAAGAAAAAAGAAAACAGCAAGCGAAAUCAACUGUGGAAAGAGAUUGUAUAACAUUGGAAAAUCAAUAAACUGUGGGAAUCUGAAAACGCCAUCAUUGCAGUCUCUUCCAAACUGGACUUUGUUAAUCCGUGCGGACUGGAGGAAGAAUUAAAUAGUGGAACUUGUGUUGGGGAUACGUGCUGUGGAAAAAAACACUAGCUACUGACUGAGUAGAGAGCGAAACACGGGGCUUGGAAAGACAUUGACUAAGGCUCCACUCCAAUCCAGGGGCUUGCUUAAUGAAUUAUGUCUGCCACAAGCAUUGACCCUCAGAGAUCAAAGGGACAAGCCUCCAAAGUGCAAAAUGGUUCUCUCCAUCAGAAGGAAACUGUUCAUGACAAUGAUUUUGAACCAUACCUCACUGGCCAGUCUAAUCAGAACAACAGCUAUCAGUCCAUGACAGACCCGUACAUGUCCAGCUACUACCCUUCCAUCGGGUUCCCCUACCCUCUCAGCGAAGCCCCCUGGUCGACUGGCGGAGACCCUCCUAUCCCUUACCUGACCCCCUAUGCACCCUUGAGCAAUGGAGACCACCAUUUUAUGCACGACACGGUUUUCGGACAGCCGGGGGGACUGGGGAGCAACAUCUACCCUCACAGGUUUAACUUUUUCCCGGAGAAUCCGGCCUUCUCGGCCUGGGGCACCAGCGGCUCUCAGGGACAGCAGACUCCGAGCUCAGCCUACGGGGGCAGCUACAGCUACCCCCCCAGCUCCCUAGGGGGCACCCUGGUGGAUGGGCAAACAGGCUUUCACAACGACACUUUAAACAAAGCGCCAGGCAUGAACAGCAUUGAGCAGGGCAUGGUGGGACUGAAGAUCGGGGGCGACGUGGCAGGCUCCGGGGUGAAGGCGGUGGGCUCCGUUAUCGGCGGGGCGGUGGCGGGUAACGGGGGGACAGCCAUCGGCAUGCCCCCUCCCAAGCCCACCUCCUGGGCGGCCAUCGCCAGCAAGCCCGCCAAGCCGCAGCUCAAGGCCAAGGUGAAGCCAGGGAUGCCCCUCCCUGGGGGAGCCUUGCCCCCGCCCCCCAUCAAACACAACAUGGACAUUGGCACCUGGGACAACAAGGGGCCCAUGACCAAAGUGCCCCAGUCACACCUGCAGCUGCCCCACUCGCUGCCCCAGCCGCCCCUGCAGGCCUCACAGUCGCUGCUCCAGCAGGUGGCCAUGCAGCCGCCCCCGCACCAGCAGCUGCCUCCACAGCCCUAUCAGAACCACGCCCAGCCCCCUCCCCUGCAGACCCGCUGGGUGGCCCCCCGCAACCGAAACCUGGGCUACGGCCAGGGCUGCAUCGACACUGGCCCCUCUUCUUGUGGCGGCGGCGUAGGGGGGCCCCCCGGCUCGGGGGGUCUGGGCCCCGGCGCGGACUCUCACCCCGUCCUGGAGAAGCUGAGGGCCGCUCACAGUUACAACCCGAAGGACUUUGACUGGAACGUGAAGAACGGCCGGGUGUUCAUCAUCAAGAGCUACUCGGAGGACGACAUCCACCGCUCCAUCAAGUACUCCAUCUGGUGCAGCACUGAGCACGGCAACAAGCGCCUGGACGGGGCCUUCCGCGCCAUGGCGACCAAGGGCCCGGUGUACCUGCUGUUCAGCGUCAACGGCAGCGGACACUUCUGCGGCGUGGCCGAGAUGCGCUCGCCCGUGGACUACGGCACCAGCGCCGGCGUCUGGUCGCAGGACAAGUGGAAGGGCAAGUUCGACGUCAACUGGCUCUUCGUCAAGGACGUGCCCAACAGCCAGCUGAGGCACAUCCGCCUGGAGAACAAUGACAACAAGCCCGUCACCAACUCACGCGACACGCAGGAGGUGCCCCUGGAGAAGGCCAAGCAAGUGCUCAAAAUCAUCGCCACUUACAAGCACACCACCUCCAUCUUUGAUGACUUUUCUCAUUAUGAGAAGCGGCAGGAAGAGGAGGAGGUGGUCCGAAAGGUAACUCCACGCACCUGUCCCCACCCACCCCGCCACCACCAGCCUCCAGUUCUUUCUGGGCUUUGCUCUAAUGAAUAACCCGUUUCUGAAGUCCUUGAAUGAACAUAUUUUCUUUUGUAAUUGCCUGCCUUCUUUAUUGUGACGGUUGAGUGUUUUUCAAGGGGGGGGGGGAGAGUGGGUGAUGGGGUGGCAUAUAUUUAUUUUGCUUACAAGACUUCUGUGCGACUCACUUGCUAGCUCUGACCUAACAGCAAUAAGUAUGAAGGUGAUCACAUUCAGCUUUGCUUUUUAUUGUAUUUUACUGUCAUGUAUCUAAAUGGCACUCUCCCUAGAUGGAAUUACUUCUUUUGCCUUUACAUCUGACUGCAUUUAUUUUAGACCUUGGCCCAUAAUUCACUAUACAGUAUCUCCAUAAACUCACAUAUUACACUGGUUUCGCCUGGCUCAUUAUGGGUGAUGGGUGUUUUGGUCUUUAGGUCUGAUGCAUGAUCUGAUAUAAACAUAACACUUUAUUUUAUUUAAGGCCAUGUUGCUUUCUGUUUUAAAAGUGUGCAAUGUGUCUUGCGUUUGGCCUUUCCUUCCUUGGUAGUGUCUUUUAGACAUCGGAGAAGAUCUGAACUGCCCACAUCAUCCAUCCGCAGGAACAUGAAUCUGAAAUGGAAUGAGCCAAGUUGGCCAUUGUUUAAAGAUAUACAUUUCUGUGAAAUAAAGUAUUGAAAUUAAGUUGCAGUUUGCAGAUACCCAGUUAGGACACCAUGAUUAAAGGGGGUGUUUUGCCCAUUCUCCAAUUGGAGCAUGUACACUUGCAUGUCAAGGUUUCAGGCAAAAUUAUUUGGCUAGGUAGCUGUUCCAGCAAUGAUUAGCUUCAAUAUUGCAUCCAUCUGAAUAACUUCUAUCAUCCUGUCCCGAAAACACGACAAAGUGUUAGCUUUUUUCCUAAAUGAAAUGUCCACAUAAUACCAUACACUAGCUUGUUACAAACGUUAGCUGUGUGCAGGCUUGUCUCAGUUACUUCUGUUGUUUUCUACACAACCUGUUAGCAAAAACAAGACACAAGUAGUGAUCACCAAUGUUAUGAUAAAAACCAUUGCAUAAUGCUUUGGAUUUGAACACCAUCACAAUGGUGACCAGUUAACAACAGCUGUGUUACUCAACUGAAAUGUUAGCUAGCUUUCUCUGGAGCCACAUAUGAAAUUUAGUUCAAUUUGCAAGGGUUGGUUAUAGAGCUUUUUGUGAUAGAGUAAUCCUUCAUCCGUUUUCUUCAACAUUCACAUUUUGCUUGUCAUUAAACAUUAUUUUACUGAUAUCACACUGUUUAUUGAAAAUCAUGACUUGUGCCCACAAAUUCUGUACAAGUAUCAGACUUUUAGAUCUGUUGUUAAUGGUGAUCUUUGAAACCAUAUGAUCACCACAAACAAAUUAAAGUAUUGUGCAUAGGAUGCAAAUCAGCCUGUGUGCUGUUGGGUUGCAUGGUGUUCAAUUUUCAGCUAUACCUGUAUCUCAACGUGCUAAUCUCAAAAAAUAUGUUUUACACUAUUCUUGAACCAAUUUUCUAUGAACCCUUGAACCCUUCAAUAAUCAUCUUUUAAUAAACCAUUUGACCAAUUUGUGUGAAAUGUAGCCUGCAAGAUCUCUGAGAAACUACCUUGUUUAAUCUUUUUGGCAGGCACAAUCAGAGCAAAUAAAAUUGCCAAUAUAGUUGAAA